AUGAUUUACGAAGAUAAUAACAGAGUGACUUCUACAAAAUGCAAAGUGAUUACUUGUCUAGCGGUCUUUGUAACACUAUUAGAAAUCAGUAUGGUUAAGAGGUGGGAAAGUAUGUACUCUUCAACUUCGUUUUCAACGAGUGAUGGUCACAAGAAAUGGAUGAAUUAUGGCUCAUAUAAAGAAAGACUAAUUGGAAAUAAUGCUACAGAAUUCGAAGCAGACACUAAGUCCAGCCUUAACGUAGACUACCGAUCGAAAAACUUGUCGUUUCCGUUAAACCAUAUUAGUCAGCCACCACUGGCCAUAUCCAGCAAAAAAGACAAUGAAAUAACUAAAGCCUCUACGGAAACAGCUUUAUAUGAUUUACGAGCAGAACUUAGCCGAAGAUUGGAAACCGCCAAGGACAAAAAGGUAAUAUUAAUAUGGGUUCCAAUGUUCGGAGUUAAAACUCCUUAUUCGGUUGAUGAAGAGAAAUGCGGAAAAUGUGAAGUGACAUAUGACAGAGCUAAGAUUGUAGACGAAAAUACAGGAGCAUUACUAUUUCACUUUGAUGCAAUAUCAUCUAAGAACAUGCCACCUACAAGGAAUACUAAACAUUUAUAUAUUUACUGGGACUUUGAGUCAACAGCUACAUUACGAAAUGUAAGAGGACAUUCCUUGCAGUUUGAAGAAUCUCUUCCUUUUAAUGCAACUUUCACAUACAGAAGAGAUUCGGACUUCUAUGGGAGUUAUGAAGGAAAACGUUUAAUCAGUGAUACACUGCAAGAAAAUAAACUAACAUUUGAUCAGUUACUUGCUUUGAAAACUAAAUUUGGAAUUGCAAUAGUAUCGAAUUGUGGAUAUACUCCAGGAGCCAGAAGGCGAUUAAACUUGCUCAAUGAUAUAAUGAAACUGAACUCUCGUGUGGACGGCUAUGGUGCGUGUUUCAAAGGGGGGAAAUUUUACAAAGGGUCAAAGCUUUGGGAAGAAGUACGUAAAUACAAGUUUUAUUUUUCGUACGAAAAUUCAUACCACUGUAAAGACUAUAUCACGGAAAAGUUUUUUAAUAAUGCUAUCAACUCGUUAACUGUACCCGUAGUGUGGGGUGCGAAAAAAGAAGACUAUGCGGCAGUUGCACCGCUCGGUUCUUUUAUCUUUGCGGAAGACUUCAAUUCUUCAGAAGAGCUAAUUGCAUACCUGAACUAUUUAGACCAAAACGACACAGCAUAUAUGGAAUACCUAAGGUGGGUGAACAUGGCGCCAAGUGAGAUGCCACAAUAUAACAGAGCAAGGGGAUUUUGUCAAAUAUGUCGAGCUCUGCACGGUAUCAAUAUUGAUGACAUGUACAAUCCAAAAUACGAUCCAUCAAACCCCAAACGUCCUAUGUUCACAAACAGUGUAUCACCAAGAACAGUAGAUCAUUUAAGUCAAUGGUUUUAUGAAGAAGAUAAUUCUGAGUGUUUUAACAAGUGAA